CUAUGCUUGCUUGAACCACAGUUUUCAGUGUUGUGGUUGGACAAGGAACCUCCCCCAGUUAAGGCCUAUGAAUAUAUCUUUAUCUUCUACUCCCAGAGCAGAGAAGAAACAAAAGAAAUGCAGAAUUAUAAAGGUCAUGUGGUUGUACUCACAUAUCCUGCCCAAGGACACAUAAGUCCACUCCUCCAGUUUGCUAAACGACUGGCCAACAAGGGACUCAAGGCCACUUUAGCCACCACCUAUUACACAGUCAAGUCCUUUGAUGCAACCACUGUAGUAGGCAUUGAGCCGAUCUCCGAUGGUUUCGACGAAGGUGGGUUCAAGCAAGCAACAAAUGUACAAGCCUACUUGGAGUCAUUCAGAUCUGUUGGUUCCAGAACUCUGGCAGAGCUUGUGCAAAAAUUCAAUGACUCUGCCUCACCUGUAAACUGUAUUGUGUAUGACUCUCUGCUCCCUUGGGCUCUAGACGUAGCGAGACAGUUUGGAAUUUAUGGAGCUGUCUUUUUGACAACUUCAGCUUCGGUCUGUUCUUUUUUUUGGAGAAUUGAACAUGGUUCUCUAGCUUUGCCUCCCAAGCAAGAAAACAUGCCUCUGUUACUGCCAGGCUUACCUCCGCUAGGAUUCUCAGACUUGCCCAGUUUUAUUGCGAAGCCGGAGAGCCAAACUGCUUACUUGCAUGUGAUUUUGGAGCAGUUUAGCAGACUGAAUGAAAAUGACUGGGUUUUCAGCAAUUCCUUUGAAGAGCUGGAAAGUGAGCUGGUGGAGGCUAUGUUGGGGCUGUGGCCACUGAUGAUGGUAGGUCCAAUGGUGCCAUCAGCCUACCUAGACCAACAAAUCCAUGGAGACACAGGUUAUGGGGCAAGUUUCUGGACGCAAAACAGCGACAAAUGCAUCAAAUGGCUCGAGAAAAAGCAACCCAAGUCAGUGAUAUACUUAUCCUUUGGAAGCAUGGCAGACAUUGUUGCUAAACAACUGGAAGAAAUCGCAUGGGGCUUGAAAGCAAGCAACAAGCAGUUUCUGUGGGUGACAAAGGAGUCUCAGAACAAGCUGCCAAUUGAGUUUGUGAAUUCAUUAGGAGAGGAAGGGCUACUUGUGGAAUGGUGCAACCAGCUAGAGGUGCUAGCUCACCAAGCCGUGGGUUGCUUUGUGACACACUGUGGAUGGAACUCGACGCUCGAAGGCUUGAGCCUCGGCGUGCCGAUGGUGAGCAUUCCACAGUGGAGUGACCAGCCUACUAAUGCUAAGUUUGUGGAGGAGUGGAGGGUUGGAGUGAGAGCUAAGAAGGAUGGAGAGGGCAUUGUGACUAGGGAAGAACUAAAGGUUUGCAUUGAAGAGAUUAUGGUUGGAGAGAAUAGUGAAGAGAUUAGGAGAAAUGCCAACAAAUACAGAGAGCUAGCCAAGAGAGCUGUUGGGUUAGGAGGGAGUUCUGAUAAGAACAUAAGCCAGUUUGUAAUGAAAGUGAUCAAGGACAAGGAGAAGGGCAAGAGCAAGGGCCAGCAAGCUUAAUGGUAGGUUUUGGCUGCUUGUGGUAAUAAUAAUAAUAAUAAUAAUAAAAGGAACUUUGUUGUUGGAUAGUAACAUAUGACACAUUUUCUGGUCAAGACCCUCUCAAACCAUACAUGGAUUCCUACCAUGAUGAACUUUCAUAUUACACAAGGUUCUUACUAUGAUGAGAAUAAUUCAGUGAGGAUUCAUCCACUUAUGUAAAGAAUUUGCAUGGAAAUUAUGGAGGUCAAAAUUUGAUA